AUGUAUUUAGGUCCCUACCAAAAGUUAUCACCAAGACAAUACUUCUCUCAAAGACCUACUCUGCCAGAUGGUACGAAACUCAUAACAUUUCCCAUUAGAAAUUCAGAAUCAUCUGAAAGUGUAUCCAAGAAAGAAUGGAUAAUGAAUCCCAAUGGAAAGUCGUAUGUUUGUAUUUUGCAUGAGUACGUUCAACAUGCUUUGAAGAAACAACCUACAUACAAGUUCACUGAAUUGGAAAAUGCUGCUACACCGUACGCUGCCACUGUCAUAAUAAAAGAUAUGCUAUAUGGAGUAGGAUAUGGAACAAGCAAAAAACAAGCCAAAUGUGAGGCAGCUAAAGCAACGUUGGAGAUACUCAUUCCAGAAAUGAAAUUGAAAAUAACACCUGAUCAGCAAACAGGUGAUACCACAAAAUUCAAGGACCAGGAUUUAUCCUACUUCGAUGAAAUCAGGGUGGAGGAUCCCCGUGUUGCUGAAUUCUGUGCCAAAACAACAGAGCCUCCUCCAUACGACAUAUUGCUGACAUGCCUUCAACGGAACUUUGGAAGGAGACCUCUGCAGGUCUACUACAAUGGCAAGACUUCUAAAAAUCAUGGUAAUGAAUAUACCAUGGUCGUUAAUGAACACAGGGCUAUAGUGGCUUGUAAAAAUAAACGGGAUGGCAAGCAGAGAGCUUCUCAAGCUAUUCUCCAACUUCUACACCCUAGUAUUACAUCGUGGGGCUCACUUCUACGGCUGUAUGGUAAUAGGUCAGUGAAGAGCUUCAAAGAAAAGAAGAUGGAGGAACAAGAAAUCACGUCAUUGCAGAGUAAAGCAGCUAUCAACCAACCAAACUAUGCCAUACUGAAUAAACUAUGUGUAGAAUUAGGCAAGCUCAGAGAUAAACGAAAAUUGGUGAAACCGAUAGGAAUUUUAAACACGGAUGAAGCUGAGGCUGUUCCAAGUAUAUCGACUGCCAAUUUGGAAAAUUAGACUUUUUAACUUGAAAAGUUAGUUUUAUUUAUUCUAGUUCAUUAUUUAAUACACACAAUUGGUUUUAUAUAUAUACAUGAAAUGUGCCAUAAUUGUGUUGUGAGUUUUUUUGUCUUAGGUA